GGAAGCGGCGGAAGGGGUCGUAGCGGUGGAUCCGCGCUGUGGAGGCGGGUGUGGGGCCAGGAGGCCAGCGGGGUGGUGUAGGGGCGCUCCAGCGUCGAGACCCAGGCCGAGCCCUGACUUGUGCCUCCUCUCUUCUGGCAGCCGGCCUCUUCUGCUUCCAUUUGGGUCUGGAGGAGCCCCGCCCUCUGACCCGAGCUUGCUCUCCCCCUCGGGCACCGAGCCCCUCAGCACCCGACCCUUGACCCCGAGGUGCCGCCUCUGUCCCCUCCCCAGCUGUCAGGCACGAUGGCUACGGGCGCAGACGUACGAGAUAUUCUGGAGCUCGGGGGUCCGGAGGGAGAUGCAGCGUCUGGGACCAUCAGCAAGAAGGACAUCAUCAACCCGGACAAGAAAAAGUCUAAGAAGUCUUCAGAGACACUGACCUUUAAGAGGCCUGAGGGCAUGCACCGAGAAGUUUAUGCGCUGCUUUACUCUGACAAGAAAGAUGCACCCCCACUGCUACCCAGUGAUACUGGUCAGGGCUACCGCACAGUGAAGGCCAAGUUGGGCUCCAAGAAGGUUCGGCCCUGGAAGUGGAUGCCAUUUACCAACCCGGCCCGCAAGGAUGGAGCGAUGUUCUUCCACUGGCGACGGGCAGCCGAGGAGGGCAAGGACUACCCCUUUGCCAGGUUUAAUAAGACUGUGCAGGUGCCUGUGUAUUCAGAGCAGGAGUACCAGCUGUAUCUCCAUGAUGAUGCUUGGACCAAGGCAGAGACUGACCACCUCUUUGACCUCAGCCGCCGCUUUGACCUGCGAUUUGUAGUUAUCCAUGACCGGUAUGACCACCAGCAGUUCAAGAAGCGUUCUGUGGAGGACCUGAAGGAGCGGUACUACCACAUCUGUGCCAAGCUUGCCAAUGUGCGGGCUGUGCCUGGCACAGACCUUAAGAUCCCAGUCUUUGAUGCUGGGCAUGAGCGGCGGCGCAAGGAGCAGCUGGAGCGGCUCUAUAACCGGACCCCCGAGCAGGUGGCAGAGGAGGAGUACCUUCUACAAGAGCUGCGUAAGAUCGAGGCCCGGAAGAAGGAGCGGGAGAAACGCAGCCAAGACCUGCAGAAGCUGAUUACCGCAGCUGACACCACAGCAGAGCAAAGGCGCACGGAACGCAAGGCCCCCAAGAAGAAGCUACCCCAGAAAAAGGAGGCUGAGAAGCCGGCUGUACCUGAGACUGCAGGCAUUAAGUUUCCAGACUUCAAGUCUGCAGGUGUCACACUGCGGAGCCAGCGGAUGAAGCUGCCCAGCUCUGUGGGUCAGAAGAAAAUCAAGGCCCUGGAACAGAUGCUGCUAGAGCUUGGAGUGGAGCUGAGCCCUACCCCCACGGAGGAGCUGGUACAUAUGUUCAACGAGCUGCGGAGUGACCUGGUGUUGCUCUACGAGCUCAAGCAGGCCUGCGCCAACUGCGAGUAUGAGCUGCAGAUGCUGCGGCACCGGCACGAGGCACUGGCCCGGGCAGGGGUGCUGGGGGGCCCAGCCACACCAGCAGUGGGCCCAACCCCAGCUUCUGCCGAGCCAGCAGUGUCGGAACCUGGACUUGGCCCUGACCCCACCAAAGAUACCAUCAUUGAUGUGGUGGGCGCACCACUCACGCCAAAUUCGCGGAAACGACGGGAAUCAGCCUCCAGCUCAUCUUCUGUGAAGAAAGCCAAGAAGCCAUGAGAGGCCAUGGGGUGUGGGUGGUGCUAUUGUGUAAAUAGAGCUGCUGAGAUGCACUGA